GUAGACAGAGAGACAGACCUCAGCAUCCAUGGUGCCUGCGCAGACAGCUGUUUAACACACAGCUGCAAGUGAAGGAUCCAAGGAGUGAUGAAGGGUUACUGGUAUACCUCUCUCUUAAUCUUCAUCAUAUUUUAUGGAACCGGCCAGUGCAGGAACACGCAAACAGCAGGUCUGACCUGUGUGAACGACUAUGUGAACAACAUUUCUUGUGUGUGGUGGAACUUUACAGAUUUCUCUGACCAACGAUGUGUGCUUGUGGGGAAAUGUGACAUAAAAAGAUGUGUUUAUAGAUUAUGUGAACUGGUGCCACUGAGCAAUCAAUCACAUUCUAAGAGAAGUUGUUCUUUAAGCUUUGACAAACCUAAUUUUUUUUUCCUCAACAAAUUCUGGUUGAAUGUAACCUGUAAUGGAUCUGUCAUCACUAAACUGUAUUAUCAGCCUAGCCGACACAUUAAGACCCAACCCCCAGAUAUGCCCACUGUAAGUGGGGACAAAAUAACUUGGAGUAAAGGCAGUAACUUUCCAGAAGCCAUAAAAUUUUAUGACUUUCAGCUGCAGUUUAAAGCCUUACAUAUAAGCUGGGAGACGGCAGCACAUAGGAAUGUCACUCAGGAAAAUGACGUGCUGCUGGACCAUAAUAAACUGACUGUAGGAGAGGAGUACCAGGCCAGGGUGCGUGUGAAGCCUGUUGAGCCCAUUAAUGAUGGUUAUUUUCGGGGGGAAUGGAGCGACUGGAGUCCUGCUGCGUCCUGGAGAUCUGAGAUUGGAAAGCCACCAGUGAAACCAGGGGAUGAUGUAUCUCCACCAGUGCCUGAUAAUAUGCGUAUUGUUCUGAUCAUUGGAUUCCACAUAUUGCUUGUUCUUGCUGGUCUUUGUUUGGUCAUCUAUAAGGCAAAGAAAAGCAAACGGUCAAUACAACCAAACAAUCAACAUGUUCCAGACCCCUCCAAAUAUUUCCAGCCUCUUCACACUGUUCACGGUGGAAACUUCCGGAAAUGGCUGGGCUGUCAGAAUUCUGUUGGGCCAUUUCUUACCCCUCAGUCAUGUGACGAUAUCUCACCUGUAGAGGUCUCGGAUUUUUGGGACGUGUCUUUGAUGGAUCCCGACGCUCAGAUGUCUGCUGCCGCGUUCGUUCACUCCAAUCAGGUGGACUCUGGACUGGAGAACAGCUGCACUAGUCAUGCAUCAUCAUCUGUUUUCUCUAACAUGGGCUACUUCUAUAGCAAAUCCAAUAGAGGCUCUCUUUAUCUCGAAUCCUGCCCCGUGUACUUCAGCUACCACCCUGAGGAAGCCACAAGCUCCACUGGGUCUUCAUACGACUGUUUGCAAACCCCAAGUUACCAGACGGAUCAGCCCAUGAGCCCAGAUUCAGGGUUCGGCAUGCCUGGAGAGGAGCAUUGUGCGGAUGACCAAGAUGAUGAAGAUAACAGUGGCGCGGAGACAUGUGCGGCGGAAGGACAAGCGCUGAUUUCCUUCAUUAUGUCGCUGUCACAGGGUUCCCACAAUGCUGUCCGCCCAGCAGAGAGUUUGGCUCCGGUGGCCGUCAUCACACCGUGGUCUGAACCUGUGAGAGCACCCAGCUGCAAUUCCAGCUCUGAGCCUGCAGAGGGCGCCGUGGUCAGACCCUCCUCCAUGAUUGAGCCCUGCGGGAGCGGGUAUCUGACCCUGAAGGAGAUGCAGAAAUACAGCAACAAAUCCAUCUAAACGCAGGCCUAGUCCGUCUCUGUCUGUAUAGGGGAGACCGGGGUAAAAUACAACUCGGGUUUAUUUUUGAAAGUCAGUUUCUAUACCGA